AUGUGGGGUGUCCGCGUUUGCGCAAUAGCACGUUUUUUGGUACUGAAGUGUACAUUAGCAAAAAAAUACUGGCUGGAGAAAGGCUGAACCCGCUAAGGAAAGAUUGGCAGUAACGUUGCGGUUUUUAGCUACAGGAGAAAGUUAUUUCAGUCUUGGAGAACUGUUAAAAAUUUCACCACAACUUCUUUCCUCACUGAUUCCCGAAGUCUUCACAGGGAAGCUCACUCACAGGAAAUCCUAGAGAUGCCGACCACAGAAGAAGAAUGGCUUUCGGUCUCACGUUUGUUUUUCAAGAAAUGGAAUGUUCCCAAUUGUUGUGGAUCUAUUGAUGGGAAACACAUACGUAUAAUUUUUCAAUUAUAA